AUGUCCGACUGCGUCUUUGGCAACGGGUCACGAGAAGACGAACCCCUCCCUGUCCCUUCUCUACGAACCCCCGCCAACCAGCCUGCCGGUCGACAUGGUGGAGCUGACCCUUUCCGCUUUCUCCGAUUGAGAGGCGGCGAUGGUUCGCUUGGAUACGAUCAAGAUGACGAUGAGGCAUCCUCGGUAGAGAACGAUGUCGCAUCUGCCUCGCGGCGCACGGCGAUAUCACGGCCACGAAAUGGCCCGGGGAUUUCUGGGUUUCAACCAGGUGCGAUCGUUCGUGUCAAGGUUGAAAAUUUUGUCACAUACGAAGAGGCCGAGUUUUUCCUCGGCCCCAACCUGAACAUGGUCAUCGGGCCCAACGGCACGGGGAAAAGCUCGCUCGUUUGCGCCAUCUGUUUGGGGUUGGGUUACUCUUCGAACGUUCUGGGUCGGGCGAGCGCUUUUGGGGAGUUUGUCAAGCACGGCAAGGACGAAGCCGGGAUCGAGGUUGAGCUGCAAAAGCUACCAGAACACUCGGAAAAUCCCAUCGUUGGGCUUACCAUCCGACGAGAAGAUAAUAGCCGAAAAUUCACAAUCAAUGGGCAGAGGGCAUCACACAGGGAAAUCCAGAAGCUCAUGCGGUCAUUCAGGAUACAGAUCGACAACCUGUGCCAGUUCUUACCUCAGGACAAGGUGGCCGAAUUCGCCGCCCUCACGCCGAUCGAGUUGCUCGAAAAGACCCUCCAUGCGGCCGCGCCGGAAGAAAUGAUAAGUUGGCGAGCCCAGCUUCGGGAUCACUUCAAGCUGCAGAAGGACACUGAACACAACGGCGAAAAGAUCCGCGAGGAGCUCCGCAAGAUGGAGGCCCGCCAGCAGGUGCUCCAGGCCGAUGUCGAAAAGCUGCGGGAAAGGAAAGCGAUCCAGGAGGCAAUUGAAGAUUACAACAAGCUGCGGGUAGUGGUCAAGUACUAUGAUGCCCGAAACAAAUUCAAGGAAGCAAAGGUGCGAAAAGCCGACGCUGAACGUUCUCUCAGGCGACUCUACGAUAGUGUUGCGCCUGCGCUUGCGGCCGUCAACAGGAAGCAGGAAUACCAGGCUAAGGUCAAGCUGGUCGUGGCCGACAGGCAACGUCGGCUACAGGCGGCCGAUGCUGCCGCUAACGCGGCUAUUAGCCAAGUCGAAGCCGUUCAGACCAAGUCUCAAGAGCUGGCUGGACGGAAGGAGGCGGAGCAGGCGAAUUUUGUCGCCAAAAGACAGGAACUUGGCCGUCUCCGGAAGAAUAUCACCGAUUUAGAAGCCGGCUAUCGCCAGGCACCUCCAGAGUUCGACGCUGCUGAUUGGAAUAGGAAAAUCCGAGAACAAGAGCAUCAAGCUCGUGAAAAGGGGAAAGAAUCCGAGGAGGCGGCAGAAGAAUUGAAGCGAGUGCGGAUGAAGGCCACCGAGACUCGAGAACAGUUGAAAAGACUGCAAUCCAGUGUUCAAGAUCUGGAUUCGCAGCAAGGCCAGCUUCUCACUCAGCUGAAGAGAAUCAAUAACGACGUUGCUAAGGGUUGGGAGUGGUUGAAGGACAACCAGCAAAGCUUCGAGAAGGAGGUUUUUGGCCCUCCGAUGCUCACGUGUUCUGUCAAGGACAAGCGGUACAUCGACCUUGUUCAGUCCAUCCUCCAAACAGACGACUUCUUAUGCUUCACGGCGCAGACUAGAGAGGAUCACAAAAAGCUCAGCAACCAAUUCUACGGCGAGAUGGGGCUCUCCGUGACGAUCCGCUCCUGUUUUACACAAUAUAGUUCCUUCAAGCCGCCUCUGCCCAAAGAAGAGUUAUCGAAUCUGGGUUUCGACGGUUAUGUCAGCGACUAUCUCGAUGGACCAGAACCGGUGCUUGCUAUGCUUUGCUCCGAAAGAAAGAUGCACGCAUCGGCCGUGUCCAUUCGGGAUAUUACUGACGAACAGUUCGACCAGAUCCAGCGGGCGGAAAAGCUCAUACAAUUCGCUGCGGGCAGACAGUUGUACCGUAUCACGCGUAGAAGAGAGUAUGGUCCAGGGGCCGUUUCCACGCGGGUUACCCAGUUUGCAAAAGGCCGCUUCUGGGCCGAUCAACCAGUGGAUGCGGCCGAGAAAACCGAGCUCCAGCGGGAAAUCGAGGAACUCAGAGCACAACUCGCCGCUAUGAAAGAGCAUUACGACGCCACGGAUGCCAAGUAUGUGGAAGCGGGGACGGAAAAGAAGCACAUCUUGCACAAGAUUACGGAAUUGCGGUCCGCGAAAAGCGAGCUGCAACGCGAGUACACAAAGUGGCAGACGUUGCCGGACAAGAUAAGGGCCCAGGGCAGUUCUCGGGGCAUCACACGCAAAAUAAUGGGUAUUCGAAAGGCACGCGAGGCCAUGUUAGAGGCACAAGUGAUUCUCAUGGAGGCAGAGUCGGACGUGGGUGUCCUCAAGGCUAAGAACUUGGAGAUCACCCAGCAACUAGAGGAAAGCAAAAUGUCAGUCAAGCAGAUCGGCGACGAACUGAACCAGCAACGCAACAUUGCCGCCGAGGCCAAAGAGGAAGCUGUCAGCAUUUUGACGGAGGAGAACAAGGACGAAUUGCGGGACAAGGCGAUGGGUAAAACGGUCGAAGACAUCGACCAAGCGAUUCAGGUGGAAAAGACGAAGCUAGAGGUCAUUCAAGCCAGCAAUCCGGCGGCGCUGGAAGAGUACGAACGAUACGCAGUCAGGAUCGAGAGAGAACGUGUCAACCAGGCGAAUCACGACAUCAAGAUGGCAGAGCUCGAUGAACGCAUACGCAACGUUAAAAGCCAGUGGGAGCCCAAAUUAGAUCAGCUCGUCAGCCAGAUCAACGAUGCCUUCAGCUACAAUUUUGAGCAGAUCAGUUGCGCGGGUGAAGUGGGCGUGCACAAGGAUGAAGACUUUGAGAAGUGGGCCAUCGAGAUCAAAGUCAAAAUUCCGUCGAUGGCGCAGGCGCCGUUCCGCGUUGUGGACGAGAUCAACCAGGGCAUGGACCCGCGCAACGAGCGCAUGGUACACGAGCGCAUGGUGGAGGUCGCCUGUCGAGAGCACACAAGCCAGUACUUCCUCAUCACGCCCAAGCUGUUAUCGGGGUUGCGGUACGACGAGCGGAUGCGCGUGCACACCAUCGUUAGCGGCGAGUAUGUGGACAGUCGGGGUACUGAGAAGAUGAAUUUUGCGAACUUUGUCAAGAUCCAGCGGAGGUUGGCGGUUCGUUAA